GCGUAGAGUGCGCGGGCGCGUCGUCAACAAACAUUCGAAUUUUGAAAUUUUUUAAACUACAAAUUGAAUAUCGAGUAUAAGUGUCUUCAAAAGUGUUAUGUUUUGAGUCGCCCUGUAUCUUGGAAGAAACGAAGAUCGAUUUUUUUGUAUUUAAACGACCACGUACGAAUGACGAAAAAUGACAAGAAAAUUUCUCUUCUGCUUCCCAUUGAGGCUGGGAAACAUUGUGUUCGGAUACAUUGUUAUUAUAAUAAGUUUGGCGGUAGCGGCAUUUCACCUUUACCAGCUGGGUCUCAGUCUCAUUGCCAGAGACGAAACCAAUGAGCAGAGAUUCGGCAAUUUUGAAAAAGUGGAGACAAUUUUCGGCACGCAGAAGGAAGAUCUAGUCACAUUGAUCAUAAUGAUAUAUUAUUUAACGUAUGUCAUUAUUGGAUUGCUGAUGUUCAUCUUCUCUUGUAUAUUCACGUGUGGCGCUUACAAGGUUAACGACUGCGCAAUCACAACUUUCUUCAUGUACAGUUUUGUUCACAUUUUCUUGACCAUUGGGCUGAUAGUGUGGGAAGCGCUCACUGCGGGCUGGAUUCAACUGGGACUGAUUGCUGUAUCAGAUGUGAUUCUGAUAGUUUCCCUCUUCAGCGUCAAGUACUUAAUGGAGGCAAUAAGGACUGGCAACAUUUACCAUCGUCCUGGCGAAGUGCUGUACAAAUACUGACAAAAUAUCGACAUUUGUGUGCAUACUGUCAUAUUAUGAUACCUUCACGUUGUUUGUUCAAGAAACUGAAAGCCUUUGUGCCAGAGGCGCGGGCGUGAAAUAAAAGCAAAAUAAGAGCAA